UAAAAAAAUAAAUCGCACAUACGCUGCGAUAAAUUCACAUUGAAUGUGUAAAAAAAUUAAAAGGCUUUUAACGUCUGCUAAGAACAGACGUAUUUCAAACUUAAGACGGCCAUAAUAAAAAUAUACACCCCCAAUACGUGGAAAUAAGUUAUAGAAAGUAGAUAUAGUAUCUAAACGGAAAAAAAUAGUGUCGUGCAUGAGGAAUUGAUAGUUGUUGCCUUGCAGGAUCAAUUCCUUUUAACGUCUUGCAACCGUGCGCUCAAAACUUAAAUCCUGUUAAUAAUUCCCAAAACGUGUUCUUCUAACUAAAAGUGUUAUUUUAAAUUUUAAAUACAAGUUCAUAUAAAGAAAAACAUGUCCUUCUCUUUUCCUUGAAAUCCUAUUUCAAAUAAAUAAAGUGCAAAAAUUUUCAUUCCUUGUCUCGAAACGAAAACAGUGUUUUAAUAAUAAAUAUAAAUAAAUACAUUUUCCCAAAAUAAAUAAAGCAGAAAAAUUUUCAAUUGUUAAAGACGUUAAAAGCAUCUUCCUACGUCAGCAACAAUAAUAGUGACAAUGCAUUCAUCUGCUGCUAAACAGACGGGAUUCAUGUCCCUUAUGGUUGUGCAAAUCAUUUUCCUGGCAUUAUACUGGUGGUUCGUGCGUUACGAUAAAAGUGCAAUGCCAAUUGAUGUCCAUCCAGAAGGAGAAAAUGAGCCUGAAACACACGAAGAGGAACCAUCUAAAUAUCCUCAUUUCCAAGAUAUCCAAGUAAUGAUAUUUGUUGGUUUUGGUUUUUUGAUGACAUUUUUACGCAAAUACGGUUACAGUGCUACGGGUUAUUCACUAUUUUUGGCCUCAUUGGUGGUACAAUGGUCGGUUUUGAUUAAAGGCUUUUUCGAAAUGGAAGAUGGUGUAAUACAUCUUUCCUUAGAAAACAUAAUUGAUGCUGAUAUUGCUGCAGCUGUACCUUUAAUUAGUAUGGGCGCUCUAUUGGGUCGUACUACACCCAUACAAUUAUUGUUCAUGGCAUUGUUUGAGGUGGCUCUAUUCGCUGCCAAUGAAUAUGUAGCUUUGCAUAUUUUCAGCAUCUGUGAUGUUGGUGGCUCCAUUACAGUCCACGCCUUUGGUGCUUACUUCGGUUUGGCUGUAAGUCUUAUGUUGCGUCCCAGCAAAGAUCAAAAUGAGCCUGGCAAAUAUGAAGGUGCCAAUUAUGUUUCUGAUAUAUUGGCUAUGAUUGGCACAUUAUUCUUAUGGAUCUAUUGGCCCAGUUUUAAUUCUGUUUUAGCCAAUGGUACUGGCCAAGAGCGUGCUAUUUUGAACACGUAUUUAUCAUUAGCAGCUGCAACAGUUACAACAUUUGUUUUAUCGGCACUUGUCAGCCACGAGAAUAAAUUGGACAUGGUUCAUGUACAGAAUUCUACACUGGCAGGAGGUGUUGCUGUUGGUACAGUUUGUAAUCUACUGAUUGGUGCUCAUGGUGCAAUAUUAAUUGGUAUUAUUGCUGGCACAGUAUCGGUGUUGGGUUAUCGUUUUAUUACGGGCUAUGGUCGUGAAGCCAGCAGCCAAGCUGGUUAUCAAUUGUUGGGUAUUGGUGUUACUGUUCUAGUGGCCAUUGUGGGUGGCAUUUUAGCAGGUCUGGCAUUAAAAUACACCAACUUCCGUAAGUUACAAAAGGAAGAACAUCAUCAGGAUGAACUCUAUUGGGAGGUGCCCAACGAACAAAAGGAUGAAUAGUAAAGUGAAGAUAAAAACUACUAAUAUAACAAAAUACAUACAUAUAUGUUUAACAAAGAAAAAAGAAAAAAACAACACAAAAUUAAAUACAGUAACCAUUUUAAUAAUAAUGUUAUUAAAAUAUUUAUAUUAAAUUUAAGAAAAUUUUAAAAAUUCUUCUUUUAUAUAAAGGUCUUACUGUAUUUAAUACAAUUUGCUCACCGAAAACAUUUACUCGAUAUACUGUUUAUUAGUUUUAAUUUUGCACAAUAUUUAGUUUGUUUUAAAUAUUUUUUGUUCUCUCUACUAUUUCUGUUGCUGCCUAAAUCAAUAAAAUAUUUAAACUUUUUUUUGCAUUAUUUUAACUUGUUCAUUGGAAAAUGUUUUUAAAAAAAUGUUUUAUGUUUUUGUAUUAUUAUUUAGUUUGUUGUAAAACUUUUCUUGUUUAUUAAAUUUCAUUUAAUGUAUGUUUUUAAUUUUAUUAUCAUCUCAAAUAUUUUAUGUAAAAAAGCAAUAUUUCUUCAAAUAAAUGUUUCAUUACUUGUAUAGGAAAAGAGAAAA